CAAGAGAGAGAGGACAAAUGGGGAAGUGUGAGUUCCUGUGUGAGUGUGUUUUUUUUUCCCCCUUCCUUUUCUUCGCACAUAACAGACGACGCACACACAUGCAAGCAUUUUACAUGGAAUGGUAAAACUUCACACCACCCUUUGAAACAACACCGGCAGUUGGUCGUCUGAUGCCUGGAUUAAACUUGGCGUGAACCAUGUGUGACAGCAUUUUGGAAGACAUUUUCAUAAAGCGCUCGCAGCAGAGGAGGAAAACCUCACCCUUGAACUACAAGGAAAGGUGGUUCAUCCUCACACGGGACAAACUCUCCUACUACGACUACGACGUCGACAAAGGGAAGCGAAAAGGCCUGAAGGGCUCGGUGGAUCUGGAGAAGAUCAAGUGUGUGGAAACAGUGCAGACAGAACCCAACAGCCCGCAGGAGCGCAUGUAUGCAUUCCAGGUCAUUUACGACGAUGGGCCACUGUACAUCUUCGCAAAGACAGAGGAAGUUCGGGCUCAGUGGAUAAAGAAGCUGAAAGAAUUGGUGCAGACUAACAAGGACCUGAUGCAAAAGUACCACCCAUGCUUCUGGAUCGACGGAAUUUGGCUGUGCUGCCAGCAGGAAGUCAAGCAGGCAAUGGGGUGUAAGGUUCUGGAUAGCAAAAACGGCUUCAUGUGUCGGAGGGGAUCCCGCAAACCACUGCCCCCGACUCCCUCGGAGGAGAAGCCCGGCCGGCGGUUCCUUCCGCAGCUUCCCGAGGUCGAGCCCUGCGCGGGAAUGAGCGUUGUAGCUCAGUACAACCACCCGGCCAUCAUGUCUCACGACCUGGAGCUGAAGAAGGAUGAGGAGUACACCAUCCUGGACAUGGCCGACCCCAACUGGUGGAGAGCCAGGGACAAAUACGGAAAUGAAGGUUACAUCCCCAGUAAUUAUGUGGUGGAAGUUGGAAACAGCUUAGACAGAUAUGAUUGGUACUGCAAGAAUACUAACCGCAGCCAGGCAGAGAAGCUACUGAAGACUGAGAACAAAGACGGAGGCUUCCUGGUGCGAGACUCCAGCAAGCCAGGGAAAUACACGGUGUCUCUGUUCAGUAAGGGAGGCGGAGAAACUGGUGGCAGCUGCAAACAUUACAACAUCUGCACCACCCUGCAGGGACAGUUCUACUUGGCUGAGAAGCACAACUUCAACACCAUCCCAGAGCUCAUCAACUACCAUCAGCACAAUGCCGCAGGCAUGUUUAGCAGGCUCAAGUAUAUUGUGUCCAACCGGGCACGGCCUCCAUCUACAGCAGGUCUUGGCUAUGGCAUGUGGGAGAUUGACCCCUCCUGCCUCACCUUCAUUCGGGUCCUGGGUACGGGUCAGUUCGGAGUGGUGCAGUAUGGAAAGUGGAAGGGCCAGCACGACGUGGCUAUCAAGAUGAUUAAAGCCGGGGCCAUGUCAGAGGACGACUUCAUAGAGGAAGCCAAGAUCAUGAUGAUGCUCCACCAUGAGAACCUGGUGCAGCUGUACGGCGUGUGCACCAAGCAGAGCAGCAUCUACAUUGUCACCGAGUUCCUCUCCAACGGCUGCCUGCUCACCUACCUCAGGGAGGGACUCAGGCAGCACCCGACCUCCGUGCAGCUCCUGGAGAUGUGCAAGGAUGUCUCUGAGGGCAUGGCCUACCUGGAGUCCCAACAGUACAUCCACAGGGAUCUGGCAGCCAGGAACUGCUUGGUCGAUGGCAACGGUACAGUCAAAGUGGCGGACUUUGGCCUGUCAAGGUACGUCCUUGAUGACGAGUACACAAGCUCGGCGGGUUCCAAGUUCCCUGUCCGCUGGUCUCCGCCUGAAGUUCUCCUCUACUGCAGAUUCAGCAGCAAGUCGGACAUCUGGGCUUACGGGGUGCUGAUGUGGGAGGUGUACACUUUGGGGAAACUUCCCUACGACCGUCUUAACAACAACGAAAUCGUGUCUCAGGUGUCCCAAGGCCUCCGCCUGUACCGUCCUCAGCUGGCGUGUGAGAAGGUAUACAGCAUCAUGUCAUCGUGCUGGCUCGAGAAGGCCGAUGAGAGACCCACUUUCCAGGAGCUGGCAUUCACUGUUCAGGAUUUGCUGUAUGAACUCCAAUAGAUCACAACUGCAGCGGCAGCCUGAAAAAUGAAUCCAAACUUUACAAUGUGUUUAAAUGUGCCACUAUAUGUAACUGGUUUGUAAUAGCGCAUUCAGCAAUAAUAUCAUGUUAACUAACAUUUUAUGUUUUAUUGAAAAUAUUCUUAUGUUCAGGUGGAAACAAGCUUUUUAAAUGCAUAUCUAAUUGCACAAAUGAAAACUACGUGUCAGACUUUUGAAUAAAUAGUGUCUAAUAUUUUA